AUAUUUUUAUAAUCAGCUUCCAUUUUUCUUCUUGUUGAUCUUGUUUUGCAUUAAGUUCUUAUUACUUGGAAAUACUCAUGUCAGCUGUGGUCCGUCCAGCCAUAAAUCAUCUCUGCCACCUUUAGCGGAGUGGUUUCUGAAAACAGGAAAGCCUGAGAGGCUUUGCAGAAAUUACGUACUGUCGCCGCUGGUAGUAAAUAUUACAGUGGGGAAAAGGAAGACUGAAAGACAAAUCUAAAAUAUAUGAUGAUAAAUCUCUAGCCUAUCAUUGUGUUGUUUAUUCAGGAUGUCUUGCCAUCAAACUGAAAAUGUCAUAAAGAAAAUCAUUCGUGAAAUAGGACAAGAAUGUGCCAGCAAAGGACAAACUGUUUCUGAAACCUUGGUAGCUUUCAUGGUGAAAGCUGUUGUUCUAGAUCCAAGAAAUGACUUUAAUGUGGAUCGAGUCCUUACAAAACAAGAUGUGCAAAAUCUUAUCCAGCUCUGCGUUACUAGACUGCUUGACACAACAAACCCAUCCCUGGACACGAUUAAGAUGCAAGUUUACUUUGAUAUAAAUUAUGCAAAGCGAGGUGAAUUACUCAGUGAGCAACAUCGUGUUCUAAAGGGAAGGCUGGCCCCUGUGGCCAGAGAAAUCACAGAUAGUCGUCCUCGUGUGAAAGAAGAAAUGGAGAACGUGUAUCGAACAAUCGUUAGCUAUGUGCUGCUGAGCUCUGGCCUUGGAUCCCCUACAGAUAUCGACGUUGUCAGGGAGGUAACAGCUGCCUUGCAGAGUGUAUUCCCUCAGACAGAGCUGGCUACUUUCAUCUCUCUCAGUAAGAAGGACAAAGAGCAACAGCUGAAAACUCUUACCAUGCUCGUCACAGGAAUUCGGUUGUAUAACAAGGAAUGUGGGAAAGGAGGAAACAGCAUUGAUGACUUGCCAGCCAUUCUGAAUGAAGCUAUUCCAUCAGCUAUGCGGGCUCUUGAUGAAGCUCUUAAUACUUGCCAUACAUUAGCCCCCUGUUACACAGCUCUGUUGGAAUCAAUGCAUGAAGACCAUCGUAGAUAUAUGCAGCUUAGUUCUUUUAAAUUAAAAGAAGCGCUGUUCAAUGUGAGACAAUAUGAAGCCUUCCUUUGUAUCCUCCUGUCUGAUGUAAUUACAAGUGCUCGAGAAGUUGAAGUGACGAACACGCAGUUUGCAGCAACAAUGGAGCAGUUAAAAAAUACAGUUCAGAAUAAGGUUUCUGUGGGUACCACAGAAGUUUUUCCUCUCUUUGUUGCACUUUCUAACCUAUGGACCAGCUUUCAGGACGAGAUACUGCUGCUAAGGUUCCUCACACAUAUGACUAAUAAUCUGCAGCAGUUCUUGGAAACCCAGUCACAGCUUUUUCCAGAGGAAGUGCUAACGUCUCUUCUUGAAGGAGUGACUGUGAAAAGUGAUGAGGAAAGGAUAAGAGAAACCAUGGCAACCAGGGUAAACGUUUCUGAUUUCAAGAACCAAGAAUGGCUUUUUCCAGAGACUACCGCUAAUUUUGAUGAGUUGCUAAUCCAGUACCACAGUUUCUGUGCACAUGCGAUUGGUGAGAAAGGCCUCAUCCUUCCAGGAAAUCCUGCUAUUGGAAUUUUGAAGCAUAAAGACAGAUGUUACGUUUUCAGUUCCAAAGAAUCUGCAUACAUUUUUGCUCAAAACCCAGAUAAAUUCAUUCAGUUGAAUACAGAAAAAGCAAAAGAACAUGCAGAGCUAAUUCAACUGCUCGAGCUUCAUCAUCACUUUGAAUACCUUGCUCCGUAUUCACAGGCCAGAAAUGAAUGUUUGAUGAAACCAAUCACGAAAUGUGACAGUAGUACUCAAACUGAUACUCAUAUCUUGCCCCCAACUAUUGUGACAUCCUAUGAAUGGAAUGAAUGGGAACUGAGAAGAAAAGCUAUAAAACUGGCCAAUCUGCGUCGCAAAUUAACUCAUGCCAUGCAGACUAAUCUCAGCCAUAUGAGAAGAGAGAACUCUACCCAAGUGUACUUGCCAAAAGAUGUUGGCACCCAGACUAAGCGUGACAACUCAAGCAAUGUACCCAGACCACAGAUUUUCUUGGAAGGUCUCCGAGGUGGAUCAUCUCCUACAGCUCAUAUGGUCAAAGUAGACUUAACAAGAGCAGUAGAUGAAACCUAGCUGAAAAUGAGAAGGCUAAAGAAAUACAGUAAAUCUAUGUAUAAAAUUCCCAAUGUAUUUCCAAAUUAAAUACUGCAGAUUUUACUGUCUCUGUUGAUUCCAGAAGCAGUUGUUUUAUUUGUCAUAUCUGUUAGGGCCUGCUGAAUGGCAUUAAGUGAUAGUAAUGAUAAGCCUGAAACAACUAGAUUUUUAAAAGCAGUUAAGAAUUAAGGCAUGUCUGAAGAUUCUGACUUAAACUAGCAUUUUAAUGGGAAGUGUGUGUUUUGAGAAUUAUAUAUUUAAUGCAAUGAUUGUUUGCUGCGACACUAUCCUUAAGAGCCACAUCUUUGAGUGGUACAUAAAAGGUACACUGUAAGACAAAUAGCUGUUAAGAGAUACGAGGCCAAUCCUGCAGUUGCUACUGAGGCAUAACUCUCACUGAUGUGAAGUAACAAUGAAUCCCAGGACGGUCGUCCAGACAUCACAUCUCUACCCUUGGAGCUGCAGCAUCAAGAAGGUAAAACCAGCAAAAGGAAAUCAGUCUAGGGCCUCGAGCCUCUCCAUUUGUACUGCUGAUAAUGCAAAUGUCUUUCCACGGUGCUAUGCUUUAGAAGUGUAGGCUAAGGCAGGGAGGUCUAGAGGAGGGAAUGGACCUUGGAUGGCUCGGGCCGUCAUUUGAGAUCUCUAGCAGUUUCUCUACGCAUUGGCUAAAUAGUGCGCUGGUAAGCGCAUUAGAAACAGCAGGGACUAGACUUCAGGGCAGCUUUUUAAAAGCUCUGCUUUACCUGUGUUUUAAAAAAAAACAAAGCAAAACGGGAAAACGCUGUUAGUUUUAUUUCUUUGUGGCACUGAAAUAUGCUCCAGGCCUGAUAAACUGCAGUUAGUGUUUCCAUUUUUGAAAAACAGAACCAUCUGAGUUUUAGGUUGAAACACCUUUUCUCAAAGUAAGGACUAAUGAAAUAAAGAAACUUCUCCCAACAACAAACAGGUCCAAAAUAUAGUUCCUCGAAAAUGUGUUAGGGUGCGCGUGUGAUUGUGUUGGAUGUUUUCUAACUCUUUUUUGGUCAGGUGCAACAAGAUGCAUCAUAAUUUCUUGGUUCAUUGUAAUACAACAUCUGUGAUGAUGAAGUUAGCGGAUUCAAGCUGCCAGGUGACUUUUCUGUGGUGUUUUCCAGCAUUCUUUACUUAACUGUCUCCAAGGUAUCUGGCCUCACUUUUUAAAGAUACACAGCUCAGACAAAUCUACAAGGCCUUAAAAAAAAGGAGCAGGCAUGGAGCACAAAAGAAACUCAUCUAAGUAGCGUCCUAGUAUGGUUUUUCUCCUUUUUAAAAAAACCUAAUUAGUAGCAGUCAGAUGUGCUGCUUCUCUAUGUUUUUCAAUGAUGGCACUGUUUUUUAGAUUUACUAAUAAAAAUAUGAACGAUGUUACCAGUUGCAGCUUUUUUAUUCAGAAAAAAUAACCUAUUGCUCAGCUGCUCUGUAAUGCAAUACUUUGUUGUUGUUAUCUCCAUAUCAUCAUUUACUUUGAACAUUUUAUAUUUAAGUCCUUACUUUGAACCAACAAACAGGUAUUUUAAGAAUACAUAACUACAUUUAUUUAAAAGAAAAAUGAUGAUUGCAAAUCCUUUUUAUCCUAUUUCUUCUUCGUUUUCCCAUUGUGAGAAGCUACUGUAGUACUGGAAAAUGCCGGGGAAUACAAUUGUAAUCAUUUCAGUUUUAACAAGGCAGAUAUAUGUAUAAGAGUAAGGAGGAGUUUACUAUUGGUUAUGAGAAGUAUAGGUGUGAGAUUAUAUAAC